CCCACGGGGGCGGAGGUGGAACCCUUCGUCGGCCGGGAAAGCCCCGCCCAGGAGUCGCGCGGCGGCGGCGGCGGCUCUCGCGAGGCUCUCGCGCGCGGUGCUAGCGCGGGUCGGAGCGGCGCCAUUUUGGGAUCGAGGAGAGCGUGGGGCAGCGUGGAUUACAGCGAGCCUUGGAUGUUUGCAGCCUCUCGCUUGAGCUGGUAGGGUGGAAAGGAAAGGUGGAAACCGGCCCGCAGCGUUUGCUUCUCGUGAGAGGGGAGGAACAACCAGACCCUGUUGGCAUCGUUUGUUGCUUCGUUCUGGAGAAGCUCCUUGCAGCGCUCUGCGGGCAUCCGAGGAGGGAAGUGCACGCCUUAAGUCCUGAGCUUUUUCAUUCUGUCACCUUUGAACGCUUUUGUCCAUGGAUACCUGUCUAAAUCUAUCGAGUUCCGAAUUCUUCGCCUGUCAAAAGCUCCAAAAAUAAAGCGCUUUCUUGCUUUUAGACACUUCUAGGCAGCAUUCUGUCUCGGUCACAGGUGGAACUGGCGCUGUUCCCUGGCUCCAGGCUUAACGCAGCCUGAGUCACUGCGCAGACACUGCUGACAAGUUUCAUGGCAGAUAUUCUUCGCCUGAUCUUACUUUUUAGUUUUUGUGACAGAACCUUCUGUCAUUUUGCAGUGAGGCCAACUUACUAAAUGAAGACUCUAAUUGACGUUUGUUUGUCAUUUUUUCUCUUCCGUUUUAUUUAAUAUUUUUGUUCAAAAAAUGUUGUUGCCAAUAAGCAAUAUGGAGGUAUCCAGAUAGCUGUUGUUUACAAAUGCCUCUGCUAACCGAAGCUGGGAAAUGUUCUACAGUUCGGAUGUGAAAUUUGGAUUUUCAGCUUCAGAGUUUGCGGUGUAAGACUUGUAUUUAUGUCACCUGGAGCUGAUGCUUCUUAGAGUUGUAUAUACGUGGAAUAAAUGAGAGAGGAAGCUGUCGGAGAAAAAAAACCCGCCUCUUAAGACAGACAGUUGGCAAGUUUUGGAAAUAGCCUUGCGGGAGAAAUCGGUAAGCAAGAAGGAUGGGUAGCUGAUUUCUGUGAGGUCAGAUCUACGUCAGACAGCUACAAAUGUAGUAUCAACCAGAACUCGGAGUAUUAUCUCAAGGAAAACAAACUGGAAAAAUACAAAUUACUCUGUAGUAGCACGUCGUGCGGUCCUCUUGGAUUAGGUUUGAAUUCAUCUGAACUGCUACUGCCUCAAAGAAAAUUAAGAUGGACAGAACAACUUAAUUCAAAACUGUGGCUCUUCUACAUAGAGUCUCAGUGUGGCUGGGAAUUGGCUGAAUGAACUGAGCCUCACCUGAGGGAACCAAAACAACAGAGUGACCUUCCUCAUUCCUGUAGUUGGGUUAAUCUGUGUUUUGCUUGAAAGCUGGAGGUGGACUUGCCAUGAGGUGCUGAGGCCUUGUUUCAUUGAUUCGGAGAGACUGGACCUAAAUGGCGCAGCAUGACUUUGCUCCAGCCUGGCUUAAUUUUCCUACCCCACCAUCAACAACUAAGUCAUCACUGAGCUUUGAGAAACAUUCUGAAAAUUUUUCGUGGACAGAGAAUCGUUAUGAAGCAACUCGGAGAAGACACAACUCUUCAGAUGGAUUUGAUCCUAACAUGGGACGGCCUAAUGGAGGACAUUUUGGGAGAAAAGAGAAGAAUGGUUGGCGUUCACAAGGCAGAAAUGGUACAGAAAAUAUAAACCAUCGUGCGGGCUAUCAUGGUGGAGGUUCCCGUGCUCGUACCAGCACUUUCCACUGUGGGAAAGGCCAAGGACUGCAUGAAAACAAUGUACCUGAUAAUGAAACUGGGAAAAAGGAAGACAAAGAAGUACCCAAACAGUUUGAGGCUGAGGAUUUUCCAUCUUUGAACCCUGAGUGUGAGAGGGAAACAAACCAGAAUAAAUCUUUCACUGCAGGUGUGUGGGAGUACCCUUUGAAUCCAAAAUCUAGAUCUCCAAGAAUGCUGGUCAUUAAAAAAGGGAGUACAAAAGAACUGCAGAUAUCUGGAUUCCCAGUAUUAGGAAGUCUUCAUUCACAACCAAUAAGGAAUGGAACUGGCACAAGUGUUUAUAAAGGAUUAGUUCCUAAACCUGUUAAUCCACCUUUAAAGCCUACACAGUGGAAAAUCCAAGCAAAAGAAAAUAAACUUGGGAAUCCAUUUCCUCAUGAAUCUGCAUAUGGUGUUGGCAAUUUCAGUCCUUUCAAAUCGACUGCGAAGCCAUUUACUGUAUCACAAAAUUCAGUGAAAGAGUGUAAUCGAUCAAAUUCUUCAUCUCCUGUUGACAAAGUUGGUCAACCUCGUUUAACAAAAUUGACAAGAAUGCGGACUGAUAAGAAGAGUGAAUUUUUGAAAGCAUUGAAACGAGAUAGAGUGGAAGAGGGUCAUGAAGAUGAGAAUCAUGCUGGGCAAGAGAAGGAUGAUGAAUCCUUUAACUUGCAUAACAGCAACAGCCCUCAUCAUGAGAGAGAUAUAAACCGGAACUUUGAAAAUGAAAUUCCACAAGAGAAUGGCAAUGAUUCAAUUACAUCUCAACAGAUCAUUCGAUCUUCAGGUUUCCCUCAGACAGUUGUUCUUUCAAGCUCACUUGAGGCAGAACAUAGGUUGUUAAAGGAGAUGGGCUGGCAGGAGGACAGUGAAAAUGAUGAAACAUGUGCUCCACUAACAGAGGAUGAGAUGAGGGAGUUCCGAGUCAUUAGUGAGCAGUUACAAAAAAAUGGUCUUCGGAAAAAUGGCAUUUUGAAAAAUGGCCUCAUCUGUGAUUUCAAAUUUAGCCCCUGGAAAAACAGCACUUUCAAACCUGCAGUGGAGAAUGAGGAUUCUGAGACAAGCAGCAGUGAUACAUCAGAUGAUGAUGAUGUGUGAAGACUUCUGUUACAUCUGUAGAAGCCCAUUCUGAUCUCAUGGAAGUUUGGGGAUGUGUUGUCCAAAAAAAAUUCCAAAUUUAUUUAGUAACAUGCCCGCUAGAGGAAGACUUACGUGACUUUUCUCUGAAGAAAGCCAGGAAUGUUGUGUCGGACGUGUUGAACAUUACUGUAAUUUCUUUGUAAAGGAAUGUUGUAGAAUGAGGACUUGAGUUGACCCAGCAUUGACUUUCUUCAUCACUGAAGCAUUCCUGACUAGCAAUGUGACAAUGUAACAAAUCAGACUUUCUCAUUUAAUAAUAAAAACAAAGAAUUGUGUAAUGUCUGGCAAAGCUUCUGUCUUAAAAUGUCGAAGUCCUUAACAGGGCAAAAAAGGCAGCUUGACACAGUGUUUUGCUUGCCAAGUCAUUUAUUGCUUACAGUGGAAAUCCUUGAGUCCAAUAUGUAGGCAAAAAGGGCAAUGUAGGAUGUUGGCUAAAAAAAGCAAAGUGCACUAAAACUCUUUUCCUUUAUUGUGCUGUUUUACUGUGCUGCUUCUUCCACACAUAACUGCUCUUUAGCCGUUUGUAGUGUAGUCAUUAAUGGCAAAAGACCCUGAUGUUAGUUCCAAAUUUCUAGAAUUAACCUUUAAAUGGAAAGCACGAGGUAUUGCGAAACCCAGUAUUCUCACAGUGAACACAUUUCUUUUGGGAAAAUAAGUACUUUGAUUUUACUAUUCAAAUGCAUAAAAAUGACACUGACUGGAUUUGUCCACUACAUGGAAAAUAAACUGAGUAUAGAGUAUUGUCUAAGUGCACAGCAUGAAGGGUAUUGUUUUUAACUCUGCUAAGUUUUAUUUGCAUUUAUGUUAAAUAUACAUACUGUGGCAGCAGUGACUGCAUAAAAAUAUUUUUACCACCAGAUCUUGCUUUUAUAGCAACAGAAGUAUAUCUAUGCAGUAAGUGUCUCUUUUGCUUAUUUUGUGUCAAACUUUUGUGUUCGCACAUUUAAAAAACAAUAUUGUAUUAUUUAUAGUUUUAUCUGAUUAAUUUUAGUUCUUUAAAUAUUUUCACCCAGGAUUAUACAAUCUAUAUAGCAUUAAUUCUUAAGCACAACUGCUCUCGGAGAUGUCACAUAUAUAUCAGAAUAUAGCUUAUAUAUAUAUAUAUAUAUGUAUACACUCAUUUCAAGAUGGUUUUGAAUUUUAUUAUGCCUUACAGUAAGUAAUUUGCAAUUUAGAAGUCUGAAGCAAAAAUAUAUAUAAAGCUGAGCUUUUGUCCAUAUUUAACUUUGGGAAAAAAACAUUAACUUUAGGAAAAACGCCUUUUUUUACAAGUUAAUAUCUACCUGCUUUGGAGUAAAGGUGUUAUGUUUCUUUUUAUUUUUGCUUUUAUUACUUCAAAUAGUUUUCUGUUCUUGGAACAGGCAUGCACGUUUGUGUAACUAAUUUUGGCACUUGAAAUACGCCAUUUUCUCAUAUAAAUUUAAAAGGGGAUAACAAUGUGCCAUAUCAGUAAAUGAAGUCUUUCAUACCUUUAUGCCUUACACAGUUUCCUUCCCAUCUUCUGCAGGUUUUUUUAUGAACUUUGAUAUCUUGGUGUAGUCUCUUUGUUUUGUUUUUUGCAUCCUAUGAGCAGGAUCUUCUGCCUAUCCUAAUUACUUACUGUUUUUAUUACCGAGUGAAAACUUUUGCCUUGGUAUUUCUGAAAGCAGGAUUUAGAUUUUUUCCCUCCUCUUUAUUCAGCUUACCUACAAGCAUCACCUCUGUACUUAAUGCUUUGGGAAAAUGCUGUAAAUAAAGAAGGAUUACACUAAGUAUAUAUACUUGGUAAG